UUGUUCAGCACCCAAAGUCGAAGGAAAGCUCUGGCCUUUCAAUGGACGAAAGUGCUAGAUUUGUCAGUGUUUUAUAACAGAUUUGUCAGUGUUUUUUUUGUUUCGGAGCGAUCGGAAUUGCCUGCGUUUAAUGCGAGGGACAGAACUGGCGUCAACCAUGCGUAAAAAUCAACGCUAUCCAAGCAGGGGACCACCGAGAAAGGAAUUAUCGCCGCUCAUCUGAGGCCAAUCGCGAUUAUUUUUGUCAAAUAAGGAAACAUAUCAUAGUUAGCUGGCUGGCGUUAAUUUCGCAGACGGGCAGGAUAACGCCUCUUCUUCAGUAUCGAGCAAAACUCAGGACGAAAUCAGGAUUGGAUUCGCGUAUCGACAGGAAAACGUGUAGGCAGCGAUGGGUGCAUUCCUGGACAAACCCAAAACAGAGAAGCACAGUGCCCAUGGCGAGGGGAACGGGCUGAGGUACGGCCUGAGCUCCAUGCAGGGCUGGAGGGUGGAGAUGGAGGACGCGCACACGGCCGUGGUGGGGCUGCCCCAUGGACUCGCCGACUGGUCCUUCUUCGCCGUGUACGAUGGGCACGCGGGCUCCAGAGUCGCCAACUACUGCUCGGGACACCUGCUGGAGCACAUCCUGUCAGGCGGCGCGGACUUCGGCUCCAGCCCCUGCUCCGUGGAGGGCGUGAAGGACGGGAUCCGCUCCGGCUUCCUCAACAUAGACGAGUACAUGCGCAGCUUCUCGGACCUGCGCCAGGGCCUGGACCGCAGCGGGUCAACGGCCGUGUGCGUGCUCUUGAGCCCCACACACCUAUACUUCAUUAACUGUGGGGACUCGCGCGCCGUGCUGUGCCGCGACGGCACCGUGGGCUUCUCCACACAGGACCAUAAACCCAACCUGCCUCGAGAGAAGGAGCGCAUCCAGAAAGCCGGGGGCUCCGUCAUGAUCCAGAGGGUCAACGGCUCCCUGGCCGUGUCCCGGGCGCUGGGAGACUACGACUACAAAUGUGUGGACGGUAAAGGCCCCACGGAGCAGCUGGUGAGUCCAGAGCCGGAGGUGUGUGUGCUGGAGCGUGCCGGAGAGGGGGACGAGUUUAUCGUUUUGGCCUGUGACGGCAUCUGGGACGUCAUGUCCAACGAGGACGUGUGUGAGUUUGUGCGCUCCAGACUGCAGGUGUGUGAGGACCUGGAGAAGAUCUGCAACUCUGUGGUGGACACCUGCCUGCACAAGGGGAGCCGGGACAACAUGAGCGUGGUGCUGGUGUGUUUGCCUGGAGCGCCCAAAGUGUCAGAGGAGGCUCUGAAGAAAGAGGAGGAGCUGGACAAGUAUCUGGAGACGCGUGUACAAGACCUCCUGGGGGGCUGUGGAGAGAGUGGACUGCCUGACCUGGUGACCGUCCUGAGGAGCAUCGCGUCUGAGAACAUCCCCAACCUCCCCCCGGGCGGAGGCCUGGCCAGCAAACGCAGCGUUAUCGAGGCGAUCUACAACAAGCUGAACCCUCACAGAGAAGAAGAAGGGACUGGAGGUGACCUGGAGGACCCCUGGUAGCGUGGCACCCAAACUUCUCUCUGUCCGGCCUCCUCGACGACAUCGUCCCGAAGAGGAGCCCCAACUCUCUCUCUCUCUCUCUCUCUCCAUCGCGCCGUGUUUAUCUCCACAAAAUAAUCAACAAAUCAUCCAAAAACAACACAACGUAAACAAAUGAGCGGAGAGGGCAGGAGUGAGUGAUUACGUCUGAAUGCUAGUUGUGCGUAUGCGUGUGUGCGUGUUUGCGUUUGCGUGCGUGAGAGGAGAAAAUUAAACAAAUAACCACGAAAAUAAAAUAAAAUACGCCUUCAAAAAAAUUCAGAAAUGAUUUUAUGAACUGAGAUAUUGUGAUGGUAGAAUUUUACCAUUGAGAUAUUCUGUUUUGAUUUCUUGAAUGUUGACACCCGACUUCACCGCGACGAAAAAAAGGACCUAGCGUGUUUGUGGUUUAAAAGAAGGACAGUUUCGCUUUGACGAAAAAAAACAAAGCGCUUGCGAAAUUUUAAGCGAAUCGUUUUGGGGAUAAACUUUUCGAUGUUGAUUCCUUAUUCUCCUGGACCUUCUUGUGUGUGUGAGAGUCCAGAUCAUGAGAUAAAAAUGCCUAACAUCCCUUAUCGCUUUUUCGCCCUUGGACACAUAUUAAAACGCAAACAUUUACAUACAAGUACAUACAAAGGAAACGUCGCGCCCCCUGGUGGACCACUCAGGAACUGACGUGGUAAAAUACAAAAAAAACAAAAAAAACAUGGUCAUUGGAGAUUUGUCCGUGAUAUUAUUUAAGAUAUUUAAGUCCAAAUAGCGAUCCAGUGCCUUCACGUGUUUUGUAAGAUUGUACCGGAGUUGUCAACAGCGGUGAGAGUCGUGUACAGUGACGUUUAAAGGGGAUGUACCUGAGUUUUUUACGCUCUAUUCACGCUUACGUCACAAACCAGGAAGAUUUUUAGUAUGGAAACAUGCGAUGACAACUUCUAGUAUAGUUCCCGACUGUGAUAAAACCCACUGAAGUAAAUGUCGUCAGCGGUAAAAUGAAGAUUUCAUACGUAUGUGCUGUUUGGAAUCAUCUUGAAUUUGGCUUCCUCAUCUUUUCUAGGGCUUAAGAAGCUGAUACGAUACAUAGGUCACGAUACGAUACAUAUCUGGAUAUAGCGCACUUUCGAUUCAAUAUAUUUCAAAUUUAUUUGCUAAAUCAUGGCUCUGAUACUAAACGUCUUUGUUAAACCACGUCUCGUGCAAAGUUCAUAUGAAACACAAGCAUUUUAAUCCUCAAAACAGUGAAAAUGUCAAAUGUGUCGCAUAAACGCAUUAACACGAUCAUCUGAGAAAAUAAUAUGCAAAAAAAUAGAUGAGAAUGGGACAAGACGUGUUAUAACUCAAAUAAGACUAUUGAUACUAGGACUGGGUAUCGUUAAGAUCAUUAAAUCAUGGCUGUGAUACUAAAAGUCUUUGUUAAACCAUGUCUUGUGCAAAGUUCAUAUAAAAAACAAACAUUUUAAUCGUCAAAACAGUGAAAAUGUCAAAUGUGUCGCAUAAAUGCAUUAACACGAUUGUCUGAGAGAAUAAUAUGCAAAAAAAUAGGUGAUAAAAAUAAAAAUUGGAGAAGACGUGUUAAAACUAUUGAUACUAGGACAGGGUAUCAUUAACCAGCUCAGUAUUGUAUAGUAUUCCCUCUAGUUUCAUUAGUGCUGAAAUGAAUGCUUCCAUCACAAAAGGGACCUGAAAUGCAGAUACAGAUUUUAAGAUCGUUAAAUCGUGGCUGUGAUGCUAAAAGUCUUUGUUAAAAAACGUCUUGUGUAAAGUUCAUAUAAAACACAAACAUUUUAAUCCUCAAAACAGUGAAAAUGUCAAAUGUGUUGCAUAAAAACGUUUCCUUCCUCUGAACAAGCAACAAAACUGUAGCACUGUAACAAAAUAAUUUAGUAAAAUAACAAAAAAUACUCUUGGCGAUAUAUCGAUACAGCAGCCCACGAUAUCGAUGCAAUAUAACGAUAUUUCGAUAUUUUUGCACACACCUAACCACUUCUAAUCGCGUGUCAGCGGGGAAAUGAUCAAAACUGAGGUGUGGUUGUAAUUGUUGAUUAGCUGAACAUAACAGAACGCUUCAAUUACAGGUAGAUAAAGAAAAGUGGGUCAUUUUCUAAUUUUUCCUAGAUUUUGUCAGACUUACUACCGCGAACGGAGCCCCCCGGAAGUCGUCGUCGCAUUUUCCGAACGUCUUCCCGGUUUGUGACGUAAGCGUGAAUAAAGCCUACGGUCUUAAAGACUUGAGAAAAACAAAACAAAAAAACAGAGCAAUGAGUUUAUAAGUACUUUUCACAGCUUUCAGAGACCAGAGUUUUGCCACCACGGUAACUAGCAUGCAAACAGCGUAUCAGCUUUACUACAAUAAAGCGCUUUACGAAAAGACGCAGAACGCAACGGUCUCGUUUUGACCUCAAGAGCUGCGCUGGGACAAAACCAAAUGUACAAAAUAACAAAAUAAAAAAACAAAACACGGUAGAACUUUACGGUAGAACUGAGAGCAAAGCACUUAUGAGCUAAAAUGUGCGUAUUGACUGUAUAUAGGGAAUUUCGCUGAAGUGGCUAAUGUCUAUAGAGAGAUACUAUUUUGGUAAUUAAUUAGCCAUGUAUUAACAUUUCUGUGGUCGUCAUAGCAACGUUUAAGAAAUCAGACGCCAUUUUGGAUGUGUAAUAUUCGAACGGCACUGCUGCGGCUCUCGACUCCAUCUAGUGGUACGCGUUGGAAUAGCAAGUCCCACCGCUUUUACGUGUGUGUUAUAUUCGGCGGUUCAGAUGAAAAUAUCGUCACGAGAAACAUUUCAAGCGGGAUUUGAAAACGAUUUGACCGCUUUUUGUAUUUUGAGCCGACGUCUGCUCCUGAUUGGUCCGUCGAGAGAAAGAGGGCGGGACUUUACGCCACACUCACCUGAGCACCGCAUGAGGACUUCUAUAGGAUUCUUCGUGUACAGCGUCGUCAUUUUUUUUCUUUAUUGACCAGCGCUUGGACAGCCAUUGGAUUAAAAAAAACUUAAAACGUGACUUAACCGUGAAGGACCUCUGGACUCCUGCCGUGUGCGAAGUGGAUUUCAAAUGUUUUUUUUUUUUGUUUUUUUUUUCUUUGUUGAUGAUUAGACGAUGAUAAUCAUGACGGGGGCUACAUGGGAAGUUGGUUCACUGCAAGCAACAAAAUGAACUCAUGGCAAAUUUGGGGGGAUUUUCGGGGGCUUUGUUGAAUCACUGGUUGGUUGGAGCAGGACUUUUGGGCCCGAGUCGCUCAAAAACAGUCAAAGUGGUGGACUGUCCUGAAGAUGGAGGAAAUCGAUAUAUUUUUUUCUUUAUUUUUUAUGUUGUCCAUGAGGUUCCUAGCUGCUCGCUGUGUAGAGUGAAUGACUCCCUGUUUUAACCCCUUCUGGUUUCAGACUGCAUUGGUAAUGUUUGUAUUGCUGUUGUUUGAUGCACUCACAUUUGAUUACAGAAAGCGUCUAUAUAUGAAAUAAAAGACCUGCCAAGGA